AAUUUUUUUUUUUAGUGUAAUCGUUAUUUUGGGGGUUUUUUAAAUAACAAUUCGGCCGAUUCGAGAUAUAUUCAGAUGUGGUUUUCAAUGUUUUUGGAGAGAGGGGUGCGUUUUGCCCUCUCUUACCCCUAUCGAUCGACGCCUGUGCAGUACCAACCCUUCGCCAUUUCCUUCGCGCACAAUAGUUUCCACAAAACCGGCAACAAUCGUCAGUAAUUCAUAGCCCCGUGUGUCGAGCAGUUGACGGUUUUAGAUCAUCCGUUGAAAUAGUAUUUACCUCAGUGUCAUCAUCAGUUUGGAUUUAAUCAAUCGCAGGUUGCUAACAACGUACCGCGCUCUGGAGCGCCUGUCGCAGAGCGAAUUCAAUCUUGACAGGCUUGAAGCAGCAGCAUCCGCCGCUCAAACAGCACCUAGUGCAACUCUUGUUGUGCCAGGAGCAGUGCCAAUUCUGUCAGGAGCAACAAUACCCAUGUGCAAACCUUGUGAUCAUCCGCUGACAGUCAAUGACGUGGAGAGAGAACGUGGAAAGCAAUUGACGAAGUAUGAAAGAAACAUGAUGAUAUUCAAUUGGCUGCACAAUCUCGAUGAAACACAGAGCAAAGAUACGGAAUCACUGUCACUAGUGUAAUGUAAUCCAUUAUUCGUAAUUGAGACUCGUUGCAAUCACAUGAUGUGGAUCUAGAUCUGUCAAUCUGCUCGCGUUUAUUGUCCUCAACAAUUCAGUUACUCCAUGGCAAUUGAUGAUCGAUAACUUAUCGAUUUAUCGAUAACUUGGAUAGAAAUAAUACUCACAAACUAUUUCAUAUCGAAUAUGUCAAUUAGAGCCGGCUCUUUAUAGCAUUGACAAUAAUUUCAUGGAUGACAAAGUAGUAAACUGACAUAAUCGUGCAUAAUCUACCACAUUAUCGAUCUUCAUUGAAAUAAUGUGAAGAGAAUUUCUAUCAUCAGAAAUAUCGUGCUGAAACAAACGAUUGGAUGCUAUCAGAAGAUACGGAAUCGAGCAAAAGCGGGUGUUGCCUAUGAAGCUGCUUCCCAGUGUUGUUGCAUCAGAUUAAAUCUAGAUAAAUUAAGAAUGGGUUGCUGUCAGAUUUUGAGGACGAACAUCUCGAUCUGCUCUGGUGUUUUCUUAGUUAGUUGUUCGAGAAGUUCAUGGAGUCGAAUGGGUAAUUGUUAUCGGAGAGCUACGUUGAAGGAAAGUGUGAGAUGAGGAGAAUCUGGUCUUCUCUGGUCACCAGUCACUUCUAUCAAAGGAUAACCACAAGUCCUUUCAAAGAAUCACUCCUUUCUCCGGUUGAGAGGGCGUCGGAUUAAUUUCUUUAGAUAAAGGAAGCCUCAACGUCAACUAAAGGACAUGGUGACCUGAAGACUUGGAUAUUUCCUUGUGAGCAAUGCUCCCUGGGCUUCCUGCGACUAUUUCAGGGGCGAAGCAGAAGAAUCUUUCAAGUCGAAAACUCGAAAUUUCUCUUGUUGUUUUUAUUUCGGAGAGCUGUGUUGAUUUAACUCGUUUCCCAGAUGAUCCUUCCUCGGUUUAUGUUGACCUAGCUCGUUUGGGAUUAGAGUAGCAGCUCAGUCAUUCUAUUCUGACAAAAAUUGUAUUCCUGCGAGAGAUACAUUUCCGACCAAAAUCGACACGAAUCGUUUUACUGCUUCGCCACUGAUUUCUUUCUCAUAUUCUACAAUAUUUUUCAGUGGAGGCGUUCUAUUUGAACUGCUUAAUUUAUCAAUUUCAAUACGAUCUCACUUAACCUUCUGCCGCGUGAGGGCACGACCCUUGAAGCAAUCCGUGAUUAACAAGCAGCAGAUGGUUGAUGGUAGAUUGUCAUCGCCUAAUGACCGGCCCAAUAUUAAUGGAAUAAUUCUAGAGGAAGACAUCCGUCCUGACUCGUCCAACUCAAUAAAUUAUCAAACACCUUCCGCGAUGUCUUUAACUGUUGAGCAUAUCCCGAUAUUUGAAUUACAAUGAAGAUAAUUGGAGAAUAACAUUCUAUUUGUUGAAUAUGGGUGUUGUGUUGAGAAGGAAACAAAUGCUGAUGUAUUUAACAAAGAAAUAGUUUGUAAUUUUUGAAUUUUUGAAAUGUGAGGAUUCAUCAUGCAUGUUCCUACCAGAGCCUUCAAUGUACCGUAAUUGAUAUUAAAUAUGGGAGUAACAAUCAAAAGGUUUAUGUCCAAUUCCAUAUCCGGUGGAUGUUUUUUAUCAAUCCAUUAUUAUUUAUAGAGAUUAUUUAUCUGUUGCGUACGUUGCUCAGAGAUUUUUACUUUUUUUUAAAUUUUAUACGAGGUCGGGAGGUGAUACCAUGAAAAGAUGACAGGUUCGAACCUGAGGAGCACUCGGUAGGUACGCAAAAUUAAUAGAUAUUAAUUAAUUAGUUCAU